AUGAACCCGACAACUGCAUCGCACGGUAGUUCCUCGGAGUUUGUCCCCUUAAAGCUUCAAAGGCGUUUCCGCAGGAGCAGCAACGCAGCCGCGAUCCAAUUUCAAAUUCUGAGAGGACACAGUGAUACUAUGAGCACCUGCCACUUUUGCUUUGAAGACACUAAAAUACUUUCAUGCUCUUAUGAUAGAACAGUGGAGCUCUGGGAUGUUGAGAAAGGUUUUCCUAUUCAAGUUUCUGAGUUUCUGCCGCCAAUUUCUGAGUGCAACUUGACUCCUUAUGACAGAAGGGUGGUAACAUCAUAAUAUGAUAAUACUGCCAAGGCUUGGGAUAUGGAAACAGGAAGAAUACUUUGGACAGUAGAACAUGAAGGCAUUGUAACUUCAUGUAAUAUUUCUUGCCAUGGUAGAUACAUGGUAUCUGGUUCAGACAAAGAAAAUACCAUAUAUGUUUUUGAUGCAAUAAGUGCAACAGUAGUGGCACACAUCCGAGUCUCACUUGAUGUUUUUUGUAUUGAUCAUCACAAAAGUACAAUCACAAGAUGUUGUUUUGACCCUGAUAACCAAAGAGUGACUUCAGUAUCAUACCAUAAGACCAUAAAGCUAUCGGAUGUGAUAACACGAUCCACCUCAAUUACAAUUAAUGAGGGACAUGGCAAUGCUAUCUCAGACUGCUGCUUUACCUCUGACGGUCAUUACUUGUGCACAGCAUCCUGGGACAAAAGCUCAAAAAUAUGGGACAUAAAGACAGGAGAAUUGUGUCAUGAACCCAUUUCCUUGAACCAAGGACAUGAAGGUUCUGUUAGUUCCUGCCUUUUUAGCCAAGACACAUCACUUGUGUCUGGCGGAUAUGACAAAACUAUAGCUAUAUGGGAUACAGAGGCAGGCUAUAAAAAGCUAAGUUUAAAGGGUCAUUGGGACUGGGUGACAGAUGUUGCGAUUAAAAACAAGUGGUGGAUUCUUUCAGCCUCAAAGGAUUCUACUUUGAGACUGUGGAAUAUUGAAAUAACGGAUCAUAUUCCUUCAGUGAUAGAAAGCAGAAAAGCAAGAGGCUCAAAAAUUGCUCAGUGUGAAGAAUGUGAAAAACCUUUCUUACACCUGCAGUGUAGUGACUCUCAAAUGAUAUCCAAGUGUGUAUUCUGUCAUCUGUCUUCUCCAGAACCUAAAGUGGGGAAAAUAGUUGGAACUGGGCAUGUGACAGCCUGGAAUGCAGUCAAGCUGUGGAAUACAAAGAAAUCUAGGAGCAGUAUAGAUUUGAAAGAUAUGCAGCCUGUCAUCACAGGAGACCCGUAUCCUAAGUGUGAUAAGUUUGUUAUCACAGGAGACCCGUAUCCUAAGUGUGAUCCAGGUGGUGUGAAAAUGGACUUUGCAGUAAGAAACACAUGCCUGUAA